AGAAUUCUUUAUCACAACACCACGCGCGCUUGUCUAGUUGUGAAAUCUGUGUGUCCUGUGCGCUGGCCGUUUUUAGUUUCGACAAAAGCAUAGUUGAAGGCGGCUCAAUAAAUACAAAAAAAUAUAUACACAUAUUUAGAGCGGGACGGUACGGUCAAGCGGUAGCGGUAGCGCUAGCGGUACGGUACCAAACAGGCCAACAGGAAACGGAAAUCGGAGCAAAUCGACAAGUCGACAAGUCGAGACAAAACGCGGGCCAACAGCUCCGCAACGGUAAACAGUUUGAACGCCGACGCCAAACUGUUUUUACCUUUUCGAGUGCGCGUAAUGCAAUUACAGUCCAAAAAUUAUUAAAAAUAUAUAUAUAAUUACCGACGGCGGCCAGUUAGUUAGCGAAAAUCACCUUGGCAACAUUUUUUUACUGUGAUUUUUUUUGCUCAGUUUCGGUCCAAACGCGUUUAUAACAAAUCAAUUCAAAAAAUACCCAACAGAAACUAACCGGCCAACGAAGGAAUUUCUACUUUAGAAUACAAAAAUCAGAAGUGCAGUGAAAAUCGAAAGAAAGAAAGAAGAAAGUAGAUAGAAGAAAGUAGAAAGAAGGGGCGCAUUCGCAUUCGAGCGGGCCCAGUGCAUUUGAUUUGAUCUGUUGAUGUCCUGCAUGCAGGACACGCGCUAAAGCUGUCCCAGUAAGUGCUUCAAAAUUUACUCGCCAACCACUUUCGACGCCUCCAGGGCGUUCAAGCUGGAGGAGGAUUUCGUCGGCGGCUGCAUGACAAUGUCGAUGUACUCGACGACGGAUAAAAUGAAAAUGUCAGCGCCCAGUUGUUUUCCAGGACGCUACAGUCCCUCCUAUCGAAGUUCGGAGCAAAUGCGACGCUGCAUGCCAAAUCCAUCUAUUCACAUCUCGUCAUCUUGCGAUUCUCUCGAGAGUCGUUUGUUAGAAGAUGCUUCCCUAUUAUGCAAUUCGUGGUCAGCACGUCAGAAUGGUGAUAUCUUCGCGGGCAUCAACGAUGGGAUCCUCAGCAGAGCGGAGGCCCUGGCCGCCGUCGACAUCCAGAAGCAUCAAGCCCAGCAUGUACAUAGCCAAAUGCCCUCCCAAAUCAAGCACGACGUCAUGUACCACCAUCACUCCAUGAGUGGGCCCCCGCAACGUCCACUGCAGGAAAAUCCUUUUUCUCGACAGAUGCACCACUCGAUGGACCAGCUGGACAUGCUGGAUCCGACGGGCUCGAUGACCACGUUGGCGCCCAUUUCGGAGUCGCCGCUGACGCCCACACACCAACACCUGCACGGUUCCUAUCACAGCAUGAAUCACAUGAUGAGCCACCACCAUCCGGGCACGUUAAGUGGCCACACGGGGGGUCACCAUGGACACUCAGCGGUACAUCAUCCUGUUAUCACGGCGGCGGUGGCAGCCGCUGGCCUGCAUCCCGACACAGACACCGAUCCUCGCGAGCUGGAGGCGUUUGCGGAGCGCUUCAAGCAGCGGCGCAUCAAGCUGGGUGUCACGCAGGCGGACGUGGGCAAAGCCCUGGCCAAUCUCAAGUUACCUGGCGUCGGAGCGCUGUCGCAGAGCACGAUCUGUCGAUUCGAGAGCCUGACCCUGUCGCACAACAACAUGAUCGCCCUGAAGCCCAUCCUGCAGGCGUGGCUCGAGGAGGCCGAGGCGCAGGCGAAAAACAAGCGGCGCGAUCCGGACGCGCCCAGUGUCCUGCCGGCGGGCGAAAAGAAAAGAAAAAGGACUUCCAUUGCGGCACCUGAAAAGCGUUCCCUGGAAGCCUACUUCGCCGUCCAGCCGAGGCCAUCCGGUGAGAAAAUCGCUGCCAUUGCCGAAAAGCUGGAUUUGAAGAAAAACGUGGUGCGCGUCUGGUUCUGCAAUCAACGUCAAAAACAAAAACGUAUAGUUAGUAGUGUAACACCCUCAAUGACUGGCCACGGUUCGGCGGGAUUUGGAUACUGAUAGUCGUUUAUGACGGCGGCAGCGGGAGCGGCGGCAGCGACCACAUUGGGAACGGCGGCAACAUCGGCGUGUCUGGGCGACUAUUACCUUUAGUGAUUCUGAUUGCGGUUCUGAUUCUGGUCUUGGUUUUGGUUCUGGUUCCGAUCCGAUACGAUCCUGAAACCGAUGCCGAGUCCGAUUCCGUUUCCGGUACCGAUCCUGAUCCCGACACUGAUACUGAUUCUGAGUCCUGAUCCUCAAAACAAUAUAGUAUUCCUCGCAAGAAGCGGCAGCGGCACCACAACCACCACCACCACCACCACCACCACCCAACCAUCAUCGCAACCACGGCAGCAACAACUACUUCUCUCUAUAUCUUUCACUCAGUAAUCAACCAGCAGCGGCCCAAAAUCGGCCACAAAUAAUACUAAUAAUAGCAGCAUUACACACAACUAUAACAUUUAUAACACCUUCUACAGAAAUAUAUAUCCCACGAUUUUCUCACCCAGAGAGACCCAAACCCAAAAACCCCCUCCCGACAAAAUCCAAGAAGCAACUUGAACGGAGAAAACUCGAGCAUUACCGAACAUCGUUUGAAAAUAAUACAAAUUGAGAAUGCUAAAUGAAUACCAAGAAAUACAAGAAUUUUUUAGGAACGAAUAAUGAAACAAUGGACCAACAUAUCAAAUGCAAUAAUUUAUUGAAUUGUAUAAGAAAAAAAG